UAGAAGUGUAGAACCACAGAACGACAGUCAACAGUUGAGCAUAGAUAAAUAAUCCAUCAGAGUACUGAAGUACUCAAUUCUCAUAUAUUUAUUUAUUUCACACCGCUCAUACACGUAACACACGCUUCGUACAAAUAUUAUUUAUUAUUUUUGUUCCUUUACUUUUAAUAACAAAUACUUGAUUUUAAAUACAAGUAACAAAUGUUAUGAAACAAAUAAUUUUUUAUUUAUAUUAUUGUUUUAAACUAAUGCUCGGUAAUUUGAAAGGUCUUCUACAUUAUAGAGUUUUGUUAUAGCAUUUUUACUGUUUUAACUUAAAAUAUAGUUUUUUGUAUGAACAUUUUUUUUACUUUAAGUUUUUGCUAUCUACAUUAUUAACAAAUGUUACUGAACAGAAAAUAUCUUACAUACUAUUUUUUGGCGAGUUUUUCAUUCAUAUUAGGAUGCACAUUGACGAUGUUCAUUUUGCACACAAUAACAUUUAAACCAAAUACCUCACCAAAUGGACUGAGACUUAGGUUGCUCGUGCUUGUCAUAUCAGCGGUAAAAAAUCGUAAUCGGCGAGAUGCCAUACGUGAAACAUGGGCUCAAUCAAAAGAAGAUGUUCAAACACUAUUUGUUGUAUCAAAAGACAAAUCUUUAAAUGCAGAAAAGCUGGUACACAAUGACAUGUUGGAGGUAGAUGAAGAAGAGGGGUAUAAAUUACUGACUCUUAAAGUAAUAGCGUCAUUCUCCAGUGUACGUGAUAUUAACUUUGAAUAUUUGUUAAAAUGUGAUGACGACUCUUUUGUAAAUAUGCCAUUAAUUGUCAAUGAGCUGGAACAUAUGCCCAAAAAAAGGUUCUAUUGGGGUUAUUUUGAUGGUAAUGCACACAUUAAAAAAAGAGGUAAAUUUAAAGAAACUGAAUGGACAUUAUGUGAUAGAUAUUUGCCGUAUGCCUUGGGAGGUGGCUAUGUUUUAUCCAAAGAUCUUAUCAUUUAUUUAGUGAAGAAUCGAGAUUACCUUAGUAUGUUUGCUAGUGAAGAUGUUUCUGUUGGCGUUUGGUUAAGUCCAUUAAAUAUAACAAGAAAACAUGACCGGCGAUUUGACACAGAAUGGUAUAGUCGUGGAUGCCGAAAUGAUUAUUUAGUGACACAUAAACGUAGUCCUGAAAUGAUGAGACUGCACUGGUCACACAAUAUUCAGACUGGAAAAAUGUGUGAUAAGGAGUUUAAACAUAUAGCUUCCUACGAGUACGACUGGUCAGUUAUGCCAUCUAAAUGUUGUGUGAGAAACUUGUCUUUAAUUCCAUAAAUAUAUUUUCUAACUUAUAAGACUGUUGUAAUUAUUAAUUUAAUUAAUUUCAAAUAGGAAUUUUGUUUUCAGUUUUGUAUAAGAAAUAUA